GCUCCCACUCGAGAGGGCUUAUAAAAUCCAUCGUCCGCGCUGCCUCAGCACCGGUUCCUCCACACCGCCUCAGAGACGCACUACAGACCCGUAGAGACAUCACCACCACCACCAGCAGCAGCAGCCAUGACCUCCGUGCGCUCAGGACUGUCCUCCUCCAUGUCACUCUACUCUAUGGGCUCCUCCAGGAGAGCCUCACGCGGUACCAGCGUGUACGGCGGGGCCGGAGGCAGGAACGUCCGCGUGUCCUACGCUUCCAAUGGUCUGGGCUCCGGCUUCGACCUGACGCAGGCGCUCGCGGGCGGCGACAACCUAAGCGUCACCACCAACGAGAAGGCGACGAUGCAGAACCUGAACGACCGACUGGCCACCUACCUGGAGAAGGUGCGUUCGCUGGAGUCUGCCAACCUUCAGCUGGAGACUCAGAUCCGGGAAUGGUACAAAAACAAGUCCCCCACCGUCAGGAACUACAGCACGUACGAGGCAACCAUCGAGGACCUACGCAAAAAGAUAAAAGAUGCCACGCUAUCGAAUUGCGAGUUGAUGCUGCAGAUUGACAAUACCAAGCUGGCAACAGAGGACUUCAAAGUGAAGUUUGAGAAUGAGUUGGCAAUGCGCAUGUCAGUGGAGACAGACAUCUCUGGGCUGCGUAGAGUUUUGGACGACUUGACCAUGACUCGGGCCGACUUGGAGAUGCAGGUGGAGGGUUUGAAGGAAGAGCUGAUCUUUAUGAAGAAGAACCAUAAGGAGGAAAUGGAAGCCCUGCGCAAUAACAUGCUAUCCAGCUCUGUGAAUGUUGAGGUUGAUGCCAAACCCCAGGAGGACCUGUCCAAGGUCAUGGAAGAGAUGCGAUCUCAGUAUGAGAACGUUGUGGAGAAGAACCGCCGUGAGAUGGAAGCCUGGUACAAGGACAAGUUUGAGGAUCUGAGCAAGAAGGUGGCAAGCAGCACAGAGACUAUAGAGGUCUCCCGAAGUGAGCUCAGCGACAUGAAGAGGAGGCUUCAGGCUCUGCAGAUAGAGCUACAGUCCCAGCUUUCCCUGAAAUGUAGCUUGGAGGGCGAGCUGGAAGAGACAGAGUCCCGCUACAGCUUUAAGAUGCGCGGCCUUCAAGAAAUGGUGGACAACAUGGAGGCCGAGAUCAGCAAUAUGAAGAUGGACAUCGAGCGACAGGCCUCAGAAUACCGGACCCUGCUGGACAUUAAAACCAGACUGGAGCUGGAGAUAGCAGAGUACCGAAGACUGCUGGAUGGGGAGGAUGUGAAGAAAGCUGUAGUUGUGGAAGUGAAAGAAGUGAAAGAAGUGAAAACAGAAAUAGUAGAAGAACAUAAACCGGUCAUUACCAAGAGGACGAAAGUGGUGAUUGAAGAGCUUGUGGACGGAAAAGUGGUGUCACGUACAGAAGACGUAGACACCGCAGUCAUCAGCAAGUAAACUGAGCCAAAAACCAAUCACGCAGCAGAGUCUUUUGUAUUUAGGUCUUUGAAAAAAAACCACAAAGUAUAAAUAUAUUAUCAUCCAGAUCUUUGUGUAGCUUAGAUGUUUCAAUUUUUUGGUCACGUUAUUUAUUUUGAUUUAAAGACUAGAAGGCAUAUGCAAAGCUAGAAUUGCUUUGAAAAUUCUGUGCUUAGAAAAUCAGACUAUAUAAGCAGUAAAACUAUAAGCUACAUCAGAAAAAGACGUAGGUGCUAUUACCAGGUAUAGAACCUACAGGAAUAAAGUCAAUUUUAUAAUGUUAAAAAUGAACAAGUGCAAAAGAGCAAAUCCAGUUUUGAUUAAAUUUACGGAAACUAAUAUAACUAGAAUGUUCUUGGACAAAAACAUGAGGAAGAUAAAAAGGAUUACGGAGUGUAGCAAGUAUUCAGAAACAGACGAACUCAAGUCAAUGAGACGAAACACAAAAUGAACAUUAUGGAGCGAACUUGUUGCCUAGUGAUGUCUUGUUGUGGAUAAUUCCAUCUACGGAUACUAAGAUAGGGCCUGGUUGGGUGUACUUUUUCUCACACAAACAUUUAAUUUCGACUCAAGAACUCGCAGAAUGUACAAGAUUGUUGUGCAUCAAUUUCGCAGAACUGUUCGUGGGGUUUUUUUGUUUUUGUUUUUUGGGUUAGGGUUAGGGUUAGGGUUAGAUCCACAUAUUAGAUCCUCUUCUGUGUUGUUGGUGGUUAAUAAGAGGCUGUCACUUUGAGUGUGGAAGGUCAUUAAAAAAAACUUAUUUCUUGAUCCAAGUAGUUAAAAAUGUUAAAGAUGCUGCAUAUAGCAUAUUGUACACUCUCAAGUGACAUAUUGCUAAAGCGACUGGUAUCACUUUUUUAAAGGGAACCAUUGUCCAGAUUCCUGCUGGGGUUUCUGAUCAACUCUUGCCACUGCUGAGAGUUGUAUCUGUUUUGUCUUUUCUAAAAAAGUUGUGUGUGUCUUUAUCUUGUUUAAUUUCCAUUUCUAAUGACAAUAAAAAUGAUUGACAGAAAACGUUA